AUGCAAGUAGAUAGCAUCGGUCGACAGUUACGCUUGCAAACACGUCAAGAUUCACAAUUAAUAUUGUUAUCUAUUCAUGCACAAGAAAUUCGAGCAUUAAUUGAUAAAAUGAUGUCAAUUAAUGGUGGAAAAGUGCGAACAUAUGUAUGUGCCAUAGCAGAUUAUAUUACAAAUGAACCCAAUUUACUUAGUUUUUCCAAAGGUGAUAUUAUACAAAUCAUAAAUCGAAACGAUGGAACAUUGCCAAUUGAGCAAAACAAUGAACAAUGGUUGUAUGGUAGAAUUGGUAACCAUUUCGGUAAUUUACCAGCGAAUUAUGUUGAACCACUGGAUUCUUUUGGCCAAGUAACUAACUAA